CCUUCUGAUGUAAGUGGCAGGAUUUGAACCCACUGAGGCCCUGUUACAAGAGACCUAUUCACCAUCUUUAUCGAAUUCAUUUGAGACACCAUGAGUAAAGAGGCUGAUAUGAAGGAGGUGGAGCUGAAUGAGCUGGAGCAGGAGAAGCAGUCAAUUAACACAGACACGGAAAAGAACGGCUGCGUGAAAGUGAAGGUGCCGGAGGAAAAAGAGGUCAAAUUCACUGGCCUGAGUAAAGAAGAACUGAUGAAAGUAGCAGGCACCACAGGAUGGGUGCGGACUCGCUGGGUCUUGCUGGUUCUGUUCUGGCUCGGCUGGGUUGGUAUGCUGGCCGGGGCAGUAGUGAUCAUUGUUCAGGCUCCACGGUGUAAACCCAUUCCUGAAAUGCACUGGUGGAAUGAGGGUCCACUCUACAAGAUAGCUGAUGUGAUGAACUCCUUUGAAAACAUUAAAGGAAUAGAAAACAAGCUGGACAGUCUGAACCAGCUGAAAGUGAAAGGGUUGAUCCUGGGCCCAAUACACACUGUUCAGGAAGACCACCUCAGUACACUGAAGUUGACAGUGAUUGAUCCUUUGUUUGGCACUGAGGAGGACCUUGUCAGCCUGCUGGAAAGAGCCCACAAGAAGAGUAUGUCUAUAGUGCUGGAUCUGACACCCAACUAUAAAGGAAUGGAUGCUUGGUUCAGCAAAGAUCCCACUGUUGCUGAAAAACUUAAGGAUGCAUGUGCCUACUGGCUGAAAAAAGGUGUGGACGGCAUUCUCCUUUUUGAUAUGAGCCCAGAUGACAGAACUAGUACCUGGCAGUCCAUCCACAAUGUUGUUCAUUCCAAUAUCACAGACGGGACUAAAAAACGGGCUCUGAUACUUUCAAACAGAAAUCAGUCAGUAGACCAUGCCUUUCAGCUGAUUAUGAGCUCUGGAGUUGAUCUGUUGGAAACUACACUGCCAAAUUUCGGGAUGCGUGAGAUUAAUGCUUUCACCACGCUCAAUUCCACCUACUCCAAACUUGCCUGGAGCCUGAGUAAACAAACUUCAGGUUUGCCCACACGCCUCUACCAUAUGCUGCUCUUCACCCUGCCUGGCACCCCAGUGUUCAACAGAGGGGAUGAGGUUGGACUGAAGGCGGGGGAACCCCCUAGGGGAAUUUGGGACUUGGAAAAUCCAGCUGAGGAGAACAAUGAAACAGCAAAGAAUCUGAGAGCAGAACGCACUUCACUGCGAAGCUUCUUUAAGACUCUCAGUGACCUUAGAGUUAAAGAAAGAGCUCUGCUGCAUGGUGAAUAUGCCACCCUAUCCAGCACCGACUCCUCGUUUGCAUUCCUCCGCCUGUGGGAUCAGAGUGAACGCUUCAUCACUGCCUUAAACUGGGGCAAUGCCCCUGUGACGUUCCAGCUGACUGCUGUCAAUCUGCCUGCUGAGGCCCGGGUCCGUCUCAGUACAGAUACAGAGAAUCUAGCUGUGGACCAUACAGUGCCUUUGCAGAAUCUGCAGCUAGAAGCCAAACAAGCUGUUUUAUUGUCCUUUCCUUAUACAGGAUAGGAACAUUAGCAAAAAUACGCACAUAAUAACACAAGGCUCCUUUUCAGAAUAGAAAGCUAAUGUUAAACAAGCUCUGUUUGUUCUCAUCGCUAUGCUCAUUUUAGUUUUGGAAUAUUGAAGAAUGCAGUGUCUAUUUUAGAAAUUAGUCUCUUAGAAAUUGUGUUCUAAUACUAACAUAUAACAGUGAAAUGGAUUCACUGAAACAGUAUUAUUACAGCUGGAUAGGACAUUCUUGCUUUGUGUGUGUAUGAGCUACCAUGAAAAAAAACAAAUGCAAAAAAAUAAAAGCUGAAUAUGAUA